UGAGUGACAGCGCGCGAGCAGCUAGUCAUCUUUUGGCAUUUUUUUUGUGUCUGCUGUAGCAAGAGCAAGCAAUGCAUGUAGUGUGACUGUUGCACGAUUGUUGUACGCAGAUUGAGGUCCCAAUCAUGCUUCCCAUGUGGACAGGCUUCUGCUUUGCAGCGAAUCUCGUAUUAGCCAUUGUGAUAGUGAUACUCAACAAAUGGGUCUACGUUUACAUCAAUUUCCCCAACGUGACAAUGACAUUCUACCACUUUCUGAUGACAUUCGUCGGCUUGCUAGUGUGUCGCAGUGCCAACAUUUUUCAAGUGAAGCACCUGCCCCUUACAAAGAUGUUGCCACUCGCAGUGACUUUCUGCGGCUUUGUCGUUUUCACCAACCUGUCGCUGGAAUACAACACCGUGGGGACAUACCAAAUCAUCAAAACGCUGACCAUGCCCACAAUCAUGAUUAUACAGACCUGCUUCUAUGACAAGAAUUUUUCUACUCGAGUCAAACUAACUUUGAUACCUCUGGCAUUAGGUGUCUACCUAAACACCUACUUUGACAUCAAGUUCAACAUACUCGGCACGACUUUUGCAUUGAUUGGGGUGUUGACGACCUCACUCUACCAAGUGUGGGUGAGCGAAAAGCAAAAGGAAUUCCAGGUGAAUUCCAUGCAGCUCCUCUUCUACCAAGCCCCGUUGUCGGCUCUACUUCUGGCCUGCAUCGUUCCUUUUGUCGAGCCACCUUGGGCCCAGGAUGGAUUCUUAAAUCACCACUGGUCUCUCCCCGAGUUGGGGGUCGUGGGCCUCACAGGCGUCGUGGCGUUUCUCAUCAAUCUCUCCAUCUACUGGAUCCUGGGCAACACAUCUGCCAUCACAUACAACGUUCUCGGACACACAAAGUUCCUGUUGACGCUUGUUGGAGGAUUUGUUGUGUUCCACGAUCGUGUUCAAUUCAUCCAGUUGGUCGGCAUUGCCUUCACGUUCCUCGGAGUGUACCUGUACACGCGGUUCAAGCUCGAGGAACAGAGGAAGGCGGAUCUUCCCGUCACAUCCUCGGAGUUUUCACAGAAGAGGAGCUUGAAAUCGUGACGGCAAGAGUGAAUCUCCCCUGGUGGCCAUUUUAUUCCGUUCUAGUCAAACUCUUCCUUAGUUUGUGUGCGACCUCCGGGACCUUUUUCUUUUCUCUGCGUGUGUGUGCACGCGCUUAUUCCAGAAGACCCCUUACGACCGUGACAUUUUCAGGGGAAGAGAUGCUGUCCAUAGGAUUGCUUCUAUUAAAGUGCUUGAUUUUUUUGUA